CGAGCCGAGCCCGCGGCCACCCCGGUCCGGGCCAUGAGGAGGGACGAGCGAGACGCGAAAGCCAUGCGGUGCCCGCCGCCGCCGGACAGGGCCGGCUCGCCCCCCGAGAGCCUGAGGAACGGCUACGUGAAGAGCUGCGUGAGCCCCCUGCGGCAGGACCCCCCGCGCGGCUUCUUCUUCCACCUCUGCCGCCUCUGCAACGUGGAGCUGCUGCUGCCGCCGCCGGCCUCCCCCCUGCAGCCGCGGCGCCGCUCCCCCUUCUCCCGGGCGCGCCUCUCGCUGGGCGCCCUGGCCGCCUUUGUCCUCGCCCUGCUGCUCGGCUCGGGGCUCGAGGGCUGGGCUGCCGGCGCCGCCCGGCUGCGGACCCUGCUGAGCGUCUGCUCGCUCAGCCUCAGCCCCCUCUUCAGCAUCGCCUGUGCCUUCUUCUUCCUCACCUGCUUCCUGACCCGGACCAAGCGCGGCCCCGGCCCGGGCCCGGGCCCGGGCGGCGGCGGCGGCGCCUGGUGGCUGCUGGCGCUGCCCGCCUGCUGUUACCUGGGGGACUUCUUGGUGUGGCAGUGCUGGUCGUGGUCCUGGGGGCCCGGAGAGGCGGGGGCCCCGGCCCCGCACACGCCCCCGGCGGUGGCGGGCAGGUUGCUCUGGGUGCUGGGCUGCGUGGGCUUGCUGACGCUCGCGCGCCCGCUGCGGCUCCGGCACAGCAUCCUGGUGCUGCUCUUCUCCAGCUGCGUCUGGUGGGUCUCCUUCACCAGCCUCGGGGCGCUGCCCUCAGCCCUCAGGCCGCUGCUCUCCUGCCUGGCGGGCGGCACCGGCUGCCUGCUGGCCUUGGGGUUGGAUCACUUCUUUCAAAUCAGGGAAGCGCCUCAUCAUCCUCGGCUGUCCAGCACCGCGGAGGAAAAAGUGCCUGUGAUCAGACCCCGGAGGAGGUCCAGCUGCGUGUCGUUCGGAGAAACUUCGGCCAGUUACUAUGGCAGCUCCAAAAUGUUCAGGAGACCUUCGUUGCCUUGCAUUUCCAGAGAACAGAUGAUUCUUUGGGAUUGGGACCUAAAGCAAUGGUAUAAACCUCAUUAUCAGAACUCUGGAGGUGGCAGUGGAGUUGAUCUUUCAGUGCUAAAUGAGGCUCGCAAGAUGGUGUCGGAUCUUCUGGUUGAUCCAGCCCUUCCCCCACAAGUCAUUUCUUCCCUUCGGAGUAUCAGCAGCUUGAUGGGUGCUUUCUCAGGUUCCUGUAGGCCAAAGAUUAACCCUCUCACACCCUUCCCUGGAUUUUACCCCUGCUCUGAAAUAGAGGACCCAGCGGAGAAAGGAGAUCGAAAACUUCACAAGGGACUAAACAGUAGGAAUAGUCUGCCAACUCCACAGCUCAGGAGGAGCUCAGGAACUUCAGGUCUGCCGCCGGUUGAACAGUCUUCUUCAAGGUGGGAACGCAAUAAUGGCAAAAGGCCUCACCAAGAAUUUGGCAUUUCAAGUCAAGGAUGCUAUCUAAAUGGGCCUUUUAGUUCAAAUCUACUGACAAUCCCGAAGCAAAGGUCAUCUUCUGUGUCGCUAACUCACCAUAUAGGUCUGAGAAGAGCUGGUGCCUUACCCAGCCUAAGUCCUGUCAAUUCUCUCAGUCAUGGAUCAGUGUCAGCUGGCUCUCUAACUAGUCGAUCACCUAUAGAAUUUCCUGAUACUGCUGAUUUUCUUACUAAGCCAAGUGUUGUUUUACACAGAUCUCUGGGCAAUGCACCCAAUUCACCAGAUUUUUAUCAGCAGCUUAGAAAUUCUGAUAGCAAUUUAUGUAACAGCUGUGGACAUCAAAUACUGAACUAUGUUUCAACAUCUGAAUCAGAGUCUGGUACAGACUGCCACAGUGGAAAAUCAGGUGAUGAAGACAACACCAUUUUCUCAAAAGAAUCAUUCAGCAUUACAGAAGCUCAACACGAAGUGGAAACAGAGAACAGAGACUCUAGAAAAUUAUUUUUGGAAGGUGACCAUCACCUAACAGAAGAGGCACAGAAUGAGCAGCAGCCAAAUAUUGAACAGGAAGCAUCACUAGACCUGAUUUUAAUGGAAGAUUAUGAUUCAUUAAUAGAAAAGAUGAGCAACUGGAAUUUUCAAAUUUUUGAGCUUGUAGAAAAGAUGGGAGAGAAAUCAGGAAGGAUCCUCAGUCAGGUUAUGUAUGCCUUAUUUCAAGACACUGGUUUAUUGGAGAUAUUUAAAAUUCCCACUCUACAGUUCAUGAACUAUUUUCGUGCAUUAGAAAAUGGCUAUCGAGACAUUCCUUAUCACAAUCGUAUACAUGCCACAGAUGUCUUACAUGCAGUUUGGUAUCUGACAACACGACCAAUUCCUGGCUUACAGCAGACCCACAAUGAUCCUGCAACAGGAAAUGAAACAGAUUCUGAUGGUAGAAUUAGCCCUGAGCAAACUGCUUACAUUUCUUCGAGGAGCUGCUCUAUUCCAGAUGAGAGCUAUGGUUGUCUGUCUUCAAACAUUCCUGCGUUGGAAUUGAUGGCUCUAUAUGUGGCAGCUGCCAUGCAUGAUUAUGAUCACCCAGGGCGGACAAAUGCAUUUCUAGUGGCUACAAAUGCCCCUCAGGCAGUUUUGUAUAACGAUAGAUCGGUUCUGGAAAAUCAUCAUGCUGCAUCAGCUUGGAAUCUGUAUCUUUCUCGCCCAGAAUACAACUUCCUUCUUAAUCUUGAUCAUGUGGAGUUCAAGCGCUUUCGUUUUUUAGUCAUUGAAGCAAUCCUUGCCACAGAUCUUAAAAAGCAUUUUGAUUUCCUUGCAGAAUUCAAUGCCAAGGCCAAUGAUGUAAAUAGUAAUGGUAUAGAAUGGAGUAAUGAAAAUGAUCGCCUCCUGGUAUGCCAGGUGUGCAUCAAAUUGGCAGACAUAAAUGGCCCAGCAAAAGUUCGGGACUUGCAUUUGAAAUGGACAGAAGGCAUUGUCAAUGAAUUUUAUGAGCAGGGAGAUGAAGAAGCAAAUCUUGGUCUGCCCAUCAGUCCCUUCAUGGAUCGCUCUUCUCCUCAACUAGCAAAACUCCAAGAAUCUUUUAUCACCCACAUAGUGGGUCCCUUGUGUAACUCCUAUGAUGCUGCUGGUUUGCUACCGGGUCAGUGGAUAGAAGCAGAAGAGGAUGAUGAUGCCGAAAGUUGUUAUGAAGAAGAAGAUGGUGAAGAAUUAGAUACAGACGAAGAAGAAAUAGAAGACAAUCUAAAUCCUAAACCACAAAGAAGGAAAGGCAGACGGCGAAUAUUUUGUCAGCUAAUGCAUCACCUCGCGGAAAACCACAAGAUAUGGAAGGAAAUCAUAGAGGAAGAAGAGAAAUGUAAAUCUGAUGGGAAUAAACUGCAGGUGGAGAAUUCUUCCCUACCUCAAGCAGAUGAGAUUCAGGUCAUUGAAGAAGCAGAUGAAGAGGAAGAGAGACAGUUUGAAUAAAAGAAAAGGCAUAUUGAAGAAGCCAAGGGCUGUGCCCAGUGUCAGAAAUCAUUGCCUAGUGUCCACUGUGCUGACUUUCAACGGACCUUCCUACGUGGACAGGCCUCCGUACUGUGAGAGGAUCCUUGCUGUGCCGGCGGUUUCCUGUGCACUUUCACCACGUGAACUAGGAAAGCCUUAGAGCUUGGCUUCAGUUGACUCAUGUUGCAAAGUCCUUAAUGGCCUUCACUGGUGUAUAAAUACUUUGUCAUAACACUGCUUUGCAGGGUAGUAAGCUCUUCGUUUUCAUGAGAGGUAGCUAUAACUAAAAGCUCAAGUGAUUUACUUUGGUUUCCAAAGUGGCCAGAACUUUUUGCCUUCAUGAAAACAGGAUUCAUAUUAUAUUUCCAAAUGUGUCUUUUAUGUCUUUGAAUAUUUUGAAAAAAAAGUCUGUGCCUAUCUAAAAAGGAACCCAGUGUUGCCUUUCUGAGGGAACUGUUCAAUGCAAUACACUGUUCAGUGCUGUUCUCCCAGCUAGGGUUAUCCAUGAAGGACUGAGUGGCCUUUGUUAUAUUUAACAAAAUCCGGGUGCAUCAAUUUCUGAUGCUUUUUACUGUUGUGUAUUAUCUACUAUGAGUGUUUUAUUUCUGCUCAGAGUAUUCAGGUUUGCCAUGGACAUCAGAAGUAUGAAUUCCAGUCUUACUGACUUUACAUUCUAUGUAGAAUUUUAAAGCUGUUUAGGUUUAACAAUGAAGGAAUUUUAUUCUUUAGUCAAAACUAUUCUUAUUUUUCUCUUGCUCAGGAUUAGUAUUUUUAAACAGUUAGUAUAAACACAGCACAGAUUUGUCAGAAGAAAAAAAACUGUCCUAAUAUUAAUGUUGAUCUUUUAUGAAAUGAGCAUUAUUUUCUCUCUUCUUAGAUAAAUUUGAAACUAAUUAAAGCCAAGGAAAAGGAGAUGUCUGUCUUUUGCCUUAACACAAAAAUCAAAUGAAACUAAUCCUAUCAAAGAUAAAAAAACAAAAGAAAUAGUGUGAGCUCUAAGGGACACAUACAUUGAAUAAAUAAUUGGAAUAUGUGCUUAUCUUGAGACCCAUAUCUUAGGUGUCACGUGUUUAGUUACUGUAAAACUGAUGUUCACCUUUCUGUUAAUUUCCUUCUGCCUCGAGACUACAUGACAUGACUACUCAAUACUUCUGCAAGUCUAAUUUCUGAGAUAAAGUAAAUGGUGGGAAUACCCAUUCACCUUUUAGAUAACAAAUCUAAAUAUUUUAGUGAAUCAUUUCACACAAAAGCACAUUAGGAUAAUUGCAAAGAAAAUGAACCAUAUUUACAAUGUUUAUAAACUUGUUAGGCUGCAGAUAUGUAUACUAGUUGUGAAAAAUAUUUGAAGACACAAAGUGCAGCCAAAAUGAGAGCAAGAUGAUAGAUUAAUAUUUUCCAUUAUUCUUGGAGACCGUAUUAUAUUUUGGAUUUAUGCAGGUUUUGCAGACAGUGAAACCAUUAAUUUUCCAAGGUAAUUCCUUUAAAGUAUGAUAUCAGCAGGUACUUUCUUACCUACCUAGAAUAUUUGGCUUAUCUGAAAGAUAUAAAUUAAAGAUCUAUGGAAGUGUUGGAAGUUUUCAUCCUGUAUAGUAUCAUAAUAUUUAAUGAAUCACUAAGCUUUAUUUAUUAGACGUGUUGAGUGCUGAGUUCCUUCCUGCCACUUUUGCUACCAUUGCCACAUCAUUUGUAAACUGGUCCCACUUUACUGAGUAAUAAAAUUUUAACUAAUUUAUUGAGUUUUUACUUAUAUAUAUCCUGUGCUUCUAUUUCUCUAAAGUGCAUUCUGCAUCCUGCAUAAGUAUUUUUCUGCUAUUGCUUCCUCUCCUGCAAAAUACAUAUAUGUGUAUAAAUUCUCCCAUGUGUGCAUAAUGAGACCCUACAAAUUUCCUUACUUUCUAUUGUUUUAUUAAAAUUUUGUAUUGGGGUUGUUCA